UAGAAGACGCCAAAUUGAGUCGUGUAUCGAGGCAAAGGUCUUAUUAUGCGAUAAGAUUCAACGGAAAAGAAUAUGGUCCAUGCUUUGGCGAUAAGGACCUUUCAAUGAAAGGUUGUUUCAACCUGGAAGGUAGUUGUUCUUGCCAAAAAGACGAUUAUCUCGAUAGUAUUAUCGAGUCAACUAUAUUCUCGGUUGAUGAAUAUGAGAAGCUGCAUUGCUUUACCAAAGAAAAAAGACUUAAUUUGACGGAACCUGUAAAUUUAUUAAUUGCAUGA